CCCCCCGCGCGCUCUCCGCGGCCCCGCGGCCCGUCCCGCCGCCGCCGGCCCCGGGCCGCUCGCUGCCCUCCGGGAGCUGCCUCUGCUCGUCGCCGCCGCGGCUCCGGCCGCAGCCGCCUUUUCUCCGCGGCUCCUUCACCACCGCUACCCCUCCCCCCUCCGGCGCGGGGGGAGGCCUCUCUCCAUCCGCCCGGUCCUCGCCGCUCCGGGCGCCGACGCUCAGGGAGGCGGAGAAGAGCUAGCUCGCGGCCGGGAUGUCAGGUGGGGACUCGGCGGCGGCGGCCGCCACCGCCUCCCCGCAGCCGCUGCCGUUCUCCUUGCCGAAGCCCCCUCCCCUCAUGCAGCUGACGCCGGGGGAUGCCGUCCGGCCCGUCGCCUCUGCCGCGGACCAAUCGCCGAAGAGCAGCCGCCUGGCGGGCCGCCCGGAUUGGCCGGCCGGGAAGCCAGUCAGCCUGCUGGCCCCGCUGCUCCCGCCCCGCGGGGAGCCCGAGCCACUCAUGCCCUUUGGCCCCUCGUCGCGGCAGCCACUCAGAGGGCGGCUUCUUGGCAGGUGCAGCGGGGGCAGCCUGCUGAGCCCCUCGAUGCGGCCCGGAGGCGUCGACCGCGGCUCCCUCAUGAUGGGACACCCUGGCAUGCCACAUUACCCUCCCAUGGGAAUGCACCCCAUGGGGCAGAGACCACCAAACAUGCCCCCAGUCCCCCACGGUAUGAUGCCUCAGAUGAUGCCCCCCAUGGGAGGACCACCAAUGGGGCAGAUGCCUGGAAUGAUGCAGUCAGUCAUGCCUGGAAUGAUGAUGUCUCACAUGUCCCAGGCCGCUAUGCAGCCCACAGUUCCGCCAGGGGUGAACAGUAUGGAUGCCCAAGUAGGUGUAACACCUCCUGGAACUCAGACAACACAUCCCGUAGUUUGCGCGGCCCAGCAAACCGCCACAACCAACAGUUCUGUUAAUGAAGACCACUCUAAACAGAAAUCUACGUGGACAGAACACAAAUCACCCGAUGGAAGAACGUAUUACUACAACACCGAAACCAAGCAGUCUACCUGGGAGAAGCCAGAUGAUCUCAAAACACCUGCUGAGCAAUUGUUGUCUAAAUGUCCCUGGAAAGAGUAUAAAUCUGAUUCUGGAAAGCCCUACUAUUACAACUCCCAAACAAAGGAAUCACGCUGGGCAAAACCCAAAGAGCUCGAGGAUCUUGAAGCAAUGAUCAAAGCUGAAGAAAACAGCACCAAGGCUGACGAGUCCGCUCCAGGGACCUCUGCUCCCGCUGCUGCAGCAGAAGCAACAACCGCAGCCAGCGCAGCCGCUGCCGACACCGCCGCGGCUGCCACCACCACCACUGCUGCCUCUGCAGCAGCAGCAGCCCCCGAGGCAGAAGCUGCUGCCACUGCUUCUGCAGUAGAAAAUGACAGCACUGGCACGGCCACGGCUGAGGAGCAGGGACAGGCAACUGCCGCACCCGCUGCGCAGGAACAGGGGGGAGAAGCUGCAGCUAACGCAGCGGAUGACUCUGCCAAGCAGGAGGCCUCAGCAGAUGCUGCUUCAAAGAAAGAGGAUGAUGAUGCCCAACCAGUCAAAAAAACCUAUACAUGGAAUACAAAGGAAGAAGCAAAGCAAGCAUUUAAAGAGCUGCUGAAAGAAAAGCGAGUACCAUCCAAUGCUUCUUGGGAGCAGGCUAUGAAAAUGAUCAUUAAUGAUCCCAGAUACAGUGCUUUGGCAAAAUUAAGUGAGAAGAAGCAAGCCUUUAAUGCUUACAAAGUUCAGACAGAGAAAGAAGAGAAGGAAGAAGCAAGAUCCAAAUACAAAGAAGCUAAAGAGUCCUUCCAGCGCUUCCUUGAAAACCACGAAAAGAUGACAUCCACAACAAGAUACAAGAAAGCUGAACAGAUGUUUGGGGAGAUGGAGGUCUGGAACGCGAUAUCCGAGCGCGACCGCCUGGAAAUCUAUGAAGAUGUUUUGUUCUUCCUGUCUAAGAAAGAGAAGGAACAAGCCAAACAGUUAAGAAAGAGGAACUGGGAAGCUCUGAAGAACAUACUGGACAACAUGGCCAAUGUCACUUACUGCACUACUUGGUCAGAGGCUCAGCAGUAUCUGAUGGACAAUCCCACGUUUGCAGAGGACGAGGAACUCCAGAACAUGGACAAGGAGGAUGCACUGAUCUGUUUUGAAGAACAUAUCAGGGCGCUGGAAAAAGAGGAGGAAGAAGAGAAACAGAAAAGUUUGCUCCGAGAAAGGAGGCGGCAGCGUAAAAACAGAGAAUCCUUUCAGCUGUUUCUAGACGAACUGCACGAGCACGGCCAGUUACAUUCGAUGUCCUCCUGGAUGGAGCUGUACCCGACCAUCAGCUCGGACAUCAGAUUCACUAAUAUGCUUGGUCAGCCUGGAUCAACAGCGCUUGAUCUUUUCAAGUUCUAUGUUGAAGACUUAAAAGCACGUUACCAUGAUGAAAAGAAGAUAAUCAAAGAUAUCCUAAAGGAUAAAGGCUUUGUGGUGGAAGUGAACACUUCUUUUGAAGAUUUUGUGACAGUCAUCAGCUCAACCAAAAGAGCUACUACUUUAGAUGCAGGAAAUAUCAAGCUGGCUUUCAACAGUCUGCUGGAAAAGGCAGAAGCCCGUGAAAGAGAGAGGGAGAAAGAAGAAGCCCGCAAAAUGAAGCGGAAAGAGUCUGCCUUCAAGAGCAUGCUGAAGCAGGCCACCCCUCCCAUCGAGCUGGAUGCUGUCUGGGAAGAUAUCAGAGAUAGGUUUGUGAAGGAGCCAGCAUUUGAAGACAUCACUCUGGAGUCAGAAAGGAAAAGAAUAUUCAAAGACUUCAUGCAUGUACUAGAGCACGAGUGCCAGCACCAUCACUCGAAGAACAAGAAGCACUCUAAGAAGUCAAAGAAGCACCACCGGAAGCGUUCCCGCUCCCGCUCGGGCUCGGAGUCCGAGGAUGACGACAGCCACUCCAAGAAGAAGCGUCAGCGCUCGGAGUCGCGCUCGGCGUCGGAGCGCUCUUCCAGCGCCGAGUCCGAGAGGAGUUACAAGAAGUCAAAAAAACACAAGAAAAAGAGCAAGAAGAGAAGACACAAGUCUGAUUCGCCAGAAUCUGACAUGGAACGAGAGAAAGACAAAAAAGAGAGAGAGAGGGAGAGUGAAAAGGAUAGAGCCAGACAAAGAUCUGAAUCCAAACAUAAAUCUCCUACUAAGAAGCGACCUGGGAAAGAUUCCGGCAACUGGGACACUUCUGGCAGCGAGCUGAGCGAGGGGGAGCUGGAGAAGCAGAGGAGGACUCUGUUGGAGCAACUGGAUGAAGAUCAAUGAGAACGUUAUUUAUAGCAAAUAUGUUUACAUUGUGGCAUAAUAAAAGAAACCAAUGUCUAAUGCA